AGAGCAUAUACAUAUGCUUUUCAACCAACAGAGUCCAGCCUUCAACAAAGAUGGACCUAAAUGAAUCUCCAAAUCCCUGAUAGUGUUUCUUUCGAACUCUCUUAUUCUCAUUAUUCUGCGUUCUUCUUCUGUAUUUCUUUCUUUCACGCUACAAUACAGUAAAUCCUAUAGAUUUAUUUGGUUGUUGAGUAUCAAAGUAAUAUAUAUCUUGGAAGCAGCUCAAUGGCCUCCGAAAAUUAUUUCAAUGGUGAUAAAGAUAGUGACUUGCAUGAAGCCAGCGCAUCGAAUGGCCAAGAAGAGCCGGAGAAAGUCUCUGGCGUGAAGGGAGAAAAGCAAGAUCCUGAGAGCACCAAAGGAGUUGAGAAAACUAACACGGUUCCAUUUUACAAGAUGUUUUCAUUUGCUGAUUCUAAGGAUAUCUUGUUAAUGAUCAUCGGCACAACCGCUGCCGUCGGCAACGGUCUAUCGAUGCCCCUUAUGACAGUCUUGUUUGGGAAUCUCAUUGAUUCUUUUGGGAACAACCAGAGUAAUGGCAACGUAGUCGAAGCAGUCUCCAAGGUUUCUUUGAGAUUCGUCUACCUGGCGAUGGGGGCAGCGGUGGCCGCGUUCCUUCAGGUGACUUGCUGGAUGGUCACAGGUGAGAGACAGGCUGCACGAAUACGGGGCCUGUACUUGAAAACCAUAUUGAGGCAAGAUGUUGCUUUCUUUGAUGUGGAAACAAACACAGGGGAAGUUGUUGGCAGAAUGUCUGGGGACACAGUUCUCAUACAGGACGCCAUGGGCGAAAAGGUCGGGAAGUUUUUGCAGUUGAUAUCCACCUUCUUCGGAGGCUUCGUCGUAUCAUUUGUCAGAGGAUGGCUUCUUACCCUCGUCAUGUUAUCCGCUAUCCCUCUAAUUGUACUAUCCGCUGGAACUAUAGCUAUAAUGAUAUCCAAGCUGGCAACCCGUGGACAAAAUGCUUAUGCUAAAGCUGCUACUGUAGUUGAACAAACAAUUGGUUCAAUCCGAACUGUUGCAUCGUUUACUGGCGAAACGCAAGCCAUAAAUGAUUACAACAAGUCACUCGUUACCGCUUAUAAAUCAGGCGUCCAGGAAGGUACUACUGCUGGACUAAGCGUUGGCGUAGUUAUGCUAAUUCUAUUCUAUAGUUAUGCCUUGGCUGUCUGGUUUGGUGGGAAGAUGAUUUUGGAGAAAGGGUACACUGGCGGUCAAGUACUUAAUGUGAUUAUGGCCAUAUUGACCGGUUCCAUGUCCCUGGGGCAGGCAUCCCCGUGCAUGACUGCCUUUGCAGCCGGUCAAGCUGCAGUAUUUAAGAUGUUUGAGACCAUCAAAAGGAAACCAGAGAUCGACACCUAUGACAUAAGUGGGAAAGUGUUGGAGGACAUUCGUGGGGAUGUAGAACUGAAGGAUGUUCAUUUCAGUUACCCUGCCAGACCAGAGGAGCAAAUUUUCAGUGGAUUCUCUCUUUCUAUUCUGAGUGGCACAACAGCUGCCUUGGUUGGACAAAGUGGAAGUGGGAAAUCGACUGUGAUCAGUCUGAUGGAGAGAUUUUAUGAUCCACAAGCCGGUGAGGUUCUUAUUGAUGGCAUUAAUCUUAAGGAAUUCCAGCUUAGAUGGAUCAGGGGAAAGAUCGGUCUUGUUAGCCAGGAACCGGUGUUGUUUACCUCAAGCAUAAGGGAUAAUAUUGCAUAUGGAAAAGAAGGUGCAACCAUGGAAGAGAUAAGAACGGCGGCUGAACUUGCAAAUGUUGCUAGGUUCAUUGAUAAAUUACCUCAGGGACUAGAUACCAUGGUUGGAGAGCAUGGAACUCAACUUUCUGGUGGCCAGAAGCAGAGAGUUGCAAUUGCAAGAGCAAUUCUGAAGAACCCUCGAAUUUUGCUUUUAGAUGAAGCUACAAGUGCACUCGAUGCAGAAUCCGAAAGAAUCGUGCAAGAGGCAUUGGACAGGAUAAUGAGCAAUAGGACUACUGUCAUUGUUGCUCAUCGCUUGAGUACCAUUAGAAAUGCAGAUACAAUUGCCGUAAUUCAUCAAGGAAAGAUGGUUGAAAAAGGGUCACAUUCAGAACUACUCAAGGAUCCUGAGGGAGCUUACUCUCAGCUUACUCGUUUGCAACAAGUAAAUAAACAGUCGGAACAUGUUGCAGAUGUAUCAGACAUUACUGCAGAACCAUUUAGACAAUCAAUCCUAAGAAGCCCGUUGAAGCGAUCAUUCAGCAAGGGAUCACCUAGAAAUAGCAGCAGCAAUUCUUUCCCAGAACCUUUUGGAUUACCUACUGAAAUGAAUGUCAUUGAUCCUACAUUAGAUACAGAAGAUCCUAAUGAACCAUCAUCGAAACCGCCUCCAGAGGUUUCUAUCCUGCGGCUUGCUUACCUCAACAAGCCAGAGAUUCCUGUGAUCUUAAUUGGAACUAUUUUUUCAGCUGCCUAUGGUGUGAUACUUCCGAUUUUCGGUAUCCUAAUUUCCCGUAUGAUCAAAACAUUUUAUGAGCCAGCUGAUGUAUUGAAAAAGGAUUCGAGAUUCUGGGCACUGAUAUUUUUGGCCCUUGGCCUGGCAUCAUUAUUGAUAUGUCCAACACGAUCGUUCUUCUUUUCUAUCGCUGGUUGUAAAUUAAUCCAACGAAUCAGAGCAACAUGUUUCGAUAAAGUGGUCUGCAUGGAAGUUGGUUGGUUUGAUGAACCCAAUAAUUCAAGUGGUUCAAUUGGUGCAAGGCUCUCAGCAGAUGCAGCCUCGAUACGUUCCCUUGUCGGAGAUGCACUAGCUCAGAUAGUCUCGAGCUUUGCAUCAGCACUGGCUGGUGUGGUCAUUGCUUUCGUUGCAAGUUGGCAGAUGGCAUUUAUUAUCCUAGCAUUGAUCCCUCUGAUAGGGGUCAAUGGAUACAUUCAAGCAAAAUUCAUGAAGGGAUUCAGUGCAGAUGCAAAAAUGAUGUACGAGGAGGCCAGCCAAGUUGCUAAUGAUGCAGUCGGGAGUAUUAGAACAGUUGCUUCCUUUUGUGCAGAGGAAAAGGUAAUGCAACUCUAUAAAAAGAAAUGUGAGGGUCCGAUGAAAACAGGGAUAAGACAGGGUUUGAUCAGUGGAAUAGGAUAUGGACUUUCGUUUUUCUUUUUGUUUUCUGUUUAUGCGACAAGUUUCUAUGGAGGAGCUCAACUUGUGGCACACGGAAAGGCGACAUUUGCAGAUGUUUUUCAAGUUUUCUUAGCUUUAACCAUGGCAGCUGUUGGAAUUUCUCAAUCAAGUUCCUUUGCUCCUGAUUCCAACAAAGCCAAGAUGGCGGCUGCUUCCAUAUUUGCAAUUAUCGACCGCGAGUCUAAGAUAGAUCCUAGUGAUGAGUCCGGGAGGACACUAGAAAGUGUGAAGGGAAAUAUCGAGCUUCGUCAUGUCAGUUUUAGGUAUCCAUCAAGGCCAGAUAUUCAAAUCUUCCGAGACUUGAGCUUGUCUAUUCAAGCUGGCAUGACCGUCGCCCUGGUUGGAGAAAGCGGGAGUGGGAAAUCUACAAUAAUAUCAUUAUUGCAAAGAUUUUACAAUCCUGAGUCCGGAGUUAUCACUCUCGAUGGAGUCGAAAUCAAAACACUCCAACUGAAAUGGCUGAGGCAACAGAUGGGACUUGUGAGCCAGGAACCUGUCUUGUUUAACGAUACAAUCCGUUCCAACAUUGCAUACGGAAAGGGGGGAAAUACAACCGAGGCAGAAAUCGUAGCUGCAUCAGAGUUGGCCAAUGCUCACAAGUUCAUCAGUUCAUUACAACAGGGUUACGACACCGUCGUCGGGGAACGAGGACUUCAAUUGUCAGGAGGACAGAAGCAGCGGGUAGCCAUAGCACGAGCCAUCGUUAAAAGUCCGAAGAUACUUCUAUUAGACGAGGCGACGAGCGCAUUGGAUGCAGAAUCAGAGAAAGUGGUUCAGGAUGCACUAGAUAAAGUCAUGGUGGACCGCACAACAGUCGUGGUUGCUCAUAGGCUAUCAACAAUCAAGAACGCAGAUGUUAUUGCCGUGGUUAAAAAUGGGCUUAUUGUAGAGCAAGGAAAGCAUGACACUUUGAUAAACAUCAAAGACGGCUUUUAUGCUUCAUUGGUGCAACUUCACACGACUGCUUCCACUUCGCAAAACUUGUAACACAUCAACACUAGUUAGUUACAAAUGUUGGAACUCAAAUUAUACACUUAUCACCCUUCAAAGAUGAUGCAAAACUUUUGAGUUCGGCUCAGCUCAAAU